UGUCUUCUCCAGGCAGUUCUUACAAUCUCGGUAAACAAUGCCUAAAUACUCGCUCGAUAUCCACUACAAUAGUCCCAGGUACUAUGAAGAAUAUGACCCGAAUGUAGAGUCCAUCGUCAAAGACAGAUUUGGUGAGAAGGGUGCUUCGGGCUUUGAACCCUUCGACAGAAGCUCAGAAGGAUUCCAUUAUGCUCACAGGACCUCGUUUUCGGCGCCGGCAAAUGUCUCGUUGGAUGAGCUGCGGAAGGUAGAAUUGGGAUAUGGUAUUCGCGCUACUAUUUCCCAGAGGCAUGGUUAGAUUGAUGAUUCUUUGUUUUUCUUUUUUUUUUUUUUGUAGGAUAUACAAGCAGCUGAAAUACAGACGUAUAAUGUAUUGAGCUUGAGGAAGGCAGUAUGUCGACGCCGCGGAGGG